UUUUGACAAAAUAAGGAAUGUCGGAAAGCAGAAAGUAGGUUUGUUUUUAUAAAGAUGGCUUUCCGUGUCAACCUGCCCAACAGACAGAAACAAAAGGCUCCAGGAUGCUGAUAUGAACAAGAAUCAAUUAUGGUCAGUUUAUUCAAAGGACAGAAAUAUUUUUAAAAGUUAUGAUAGAGCAGACGGCAAUCAAAUAAAAUGAUUCAUGGUUGGCAGACGUGUAUUUUUUUCGUCAUUCUAAGCAUUAUAUACGUAGAAUUAGAAGCAAGAGGAACGCAAUGGAAAUGUCCACCUGCACACCCUAAGUGUGAGUGUAACAGUAGAUUGGUCAACAGAACUAGAGUACCAUAUAGGGCCGAUUGUAGCAGUCAAAAGCUGACUCACAUUCCUGAAUUUAUACAAAACUAUACGAAACUUAAGUUUUCAGGAAACAUUUUGCCUCGAAUAAAUCGAACAACAUUUGAGAAUCUGUGGAAUCUGCCAAUCUCAGAGCUAUUCCUUAAUACCUGUAGAAUAGAACAAGUUGAGGCUGAUACUUUCAAUGAUCUGCAUUCCCUAGAGUUUAUUGACUUUAGCAAUAAUGGGGAAAUUAACAUAUCGCAGCUGGCAUCAUGUUUCAGAACGACCAACCUGAUAGGCAUAGACCUUUCGAAUAUACCAUUAAGACGUUAUGUGGUCGAUUUCUUCAACACAUCUGCUUCCGAAAAAUUAAAGUUCGUUCGCCUUGCAGCUUGUGGUCUAACUUCUUUAACACUUGAGAUGUUUGAACAUUUACAAAACCUAAUUGAAUUAGAUGUUAGUCGUAACAUACUCUAUUCCAUAGAUAUGACAGUUAUUCCUCCAGUUAAAAUAUUUUCAGCAAAAUAUACGGAAUUAUCUGAUCUGAAUGUUCAAAGUAAAAAGACUUCACUGACCAGACUUGACCUGAGUUACAAUCGUUUUAUCAAUUUUAGUCUGUUUUAUAAUUACAAUCACACACUUGAACAUCUAGAGGAUUUAUAUUUAGACUCCAAUCCAAUAACGUUUCUACCAAUAGAGACAUUCUCUCGUUUGUCGUCCCUCAGAAGUCUCAGCUUGUGCAACAUCACAUCACAUUUACAAGUCUUUUCGGGUAUAAACAACUCGGCAUUACGGUAUUUAAACCUAAGUUAUAAUGAGAUCAGCCCAAAAUAUUCAAAGGCGUUCUUGAAAGAUGCUUACCACCUGAAGUAUUUGAAAAUGGACUCGGUCGAUAUGCGUAAAUGGACAGACAGUGAUAUUACGAUGUUCCUCAAACCACUGUGUGCAACACUGGAUCAUUUGCUCUUACCUAGGACUUACUUUAAAUCCAUACCCUCGAAUGCACUCCGUUGCUUUAAAAGAUUAAACGUAUUAGACUUGUCUUCAAACAAUAUAUCAACUUGGGAACACGAAACAUUUGUUAAUGUGACAAUAAGGGGCCAACUGUUGCUGAAGAACAACAAAAUUGAAAUAAUCAAAGAAAACUUCUUUCCUCGAAAUAUAAUCGAUGGAUAUAAUGGGCGUCCGUUCUUGGACUUUAAGGGUAAUCCGUUUUCUUGUACCUGCGAAAUACAUUGGUUCAGAACCUGGUUGAGGACUGGCUACACGAGAUUUAGGGGGAGUAGGGGAAACAACUAUUUGUGCCAUUCACCAGAACACUUGAAGAACACAUUCUUUGUUGAGUAUGAUCCUGUAUACGAGGAUUGUUUUCAAAUGAGUAUGGCAAUUAUUGUCGCUCUCUCUUUAUGUGGUACUUGUAUGGUAUUAGUAACUUUAACAUCAUACAUCUUGAAUCUAUAUAGGAAACGGAACCCGGAAAAACAGGAUUAUAGCAUUUUUAUAACUUGAUUAGAAUUGAACGAACACGGGGAAUGUUUUAGAAUCUGUUAGAUAUUAUAUUUUUAUAAAGUCAGAAAAAAAACAACUAUGAAUAUUUGUUUCUGUUUAACUGGCAUACCAAAUAAGAUAAUCAAUUAUGUAGACUAUAAUAAAAAUAAACUUAAUGGA